AGCGCAUUCAAGUCGUUGUUGUUCGAAAUUUGUCACGUGUAAGCCCGUUAGUUACUCGUUCUGAAGGAGAGCUUCCCCUAGUGAAUCUUGAAUCAUCGUCAGAAGGCCUCCAUCCAACUCAACUGUUCAUUUAAUUGAAAGACCAGCGCUGGGAAUAUCAAUCAUCUUCAAUUCUGAACGUAAUCUCAGUAGCAGUACAUUCCACAUUCAAGCUUGCAGUAGUUAUUGUUUGUUUGUUGCGAUAAGAGUCAUCCCUUUUUUGAUACAGCUGGAUCAUAGUUCUAGACUCAAACUGCCAGAACCAGAUUUGAAUUCGUUUCAAUUAUACUUUAAUAUUUAACGACUACAUUCUGCUUCUAUCAUUAUCAACGAACUCAUUAAUCGUUGAAACACACUUGUUUUUCUUGAAUUGAUUAUUAAACUGCAGACUAAUUCUGAAGUAUCUGUCGUGUUCGUAAAUCGUAAUUGCAUAUGUCUGUCUCAUCUGAAAACGACCAUUUGUCGCCGCUCGACCUCAGUCCUAGACAGAGACCCCAUUCCAACAGCAUCAAUAGCAUUGGAUCUCCGGGUCGCAAUAGAAGCAACUCAGGUACCUUUAGCUCGGGUCAUAUAAAUAACAGCAUUCCGCUUACUCCGACAGGGUCGCAUCAUCAACACACCGUUAAUACCAGACCCAGACGGUCGUCCUCCAUCAUUCAGCACUUGGAGCCAGACACUUUGGACACGAAAAUCGACCAGGCACUUAAUCCCAAUGUCAAUGCGAACUGGGUGCACCAAAAAGGUGCUUGGAUCAUCCACAUCGUUCUCAUUGUGUUUUUGAAGUUGUUCUUCAACUUCAUCACCGUAUUGGACAACGACUGGAGAUGGACUUUGACCAACUUGACGUACAACAUCGGUUCGUAUAUUAUGUUUCAUCAAGUUAAAGGGACUCCGUUUGAGUUCAACUCGGGAGCUUACGAUAACUUGACUAUGUGGGAACAAAUAGACAAUGGAGACCAGUACACGCCAACGAAGAAAUUCUUGAUGUCGGUGCCUAUUGGUCUCUUUUUGAUCAGUACCCACUACUCAAACUACAACUUGAACUUAUUUGUAUUGAACGGAGUCAGCUGUCUCUGUGUGGUGGUUCCCAAGUUGGCCAUUGCCCAUAGAUUGAGAGUGACGUUGUACUAGUCCAAGGGCAAGCGAAGAUUUGAGUACCGUUUGUUUUACUGUUUUACUCUGCGGAGGACUUUCUAAUACAUCCAUAUAUAUUUGAAGAGGCUACCGGCUUAUGAUUCGAGAUUAUACAUUAAUAUACAUAAAAG